UGCAGAGUCAGUCCUGAGCCUAUAACCUAAACUGAGGAGGACAAUUCCUCGGACUUUCUUUUGGUUUAUCCCUUGAUCCUCUUCUUAUUUACUUAUUGCACAACCUCGCUUAACCUCCGCUUGGUCAAUCACGACUCGACAAUGUCAACUCAAACCCACGCUGCGGUCGUCACGGUAGCUAUUGGUGCUCCGUUGGAGAUCAAACAGCUUCCUACCCUCAAGCCCAAGGGUGAUGAAGUACUCGUCGAAAACCUCUGGACAGCGUCCACACCACUAGACCUACAUCAAAAUGACGGAGGUGUGCUCGUAAGUCAUCCACAGGUCCUGGGUGAUGGAGUGGCUGGAGUUGUAGCGGAACUCGGUCCGGAUGUGAAAGAUCUGAAAGUGGGAGACAAGGUCUUCGGCUUCGCCUGGCGUACCCAAUCCGAAAAAGGCCACCAAAUCUACCCCCUCAUCCCUCGAUACCUCCUCGGCCUUCUUCCCCCAACACACACCCUCCAAGAAGCCGUCACACUCCCCAACAACCUCGUCACAGUCUUCCACUCCAUCGUCACAGACCUCGGUCUCCCCCUCCCCUGGCCCAAAUCCGCCUCCUACGUGCCCGAACACGCUGAAUCCCCCAUCUUGAUCUGGGGAGGUUCCUCAUCCGUGGGCCAGUACGCGCUGCAGGUGUUGCGAUACUAUGGGUAUAAGAAUCUAAUUACUACAUCUUCGAAGGCGCAUCAUGAGGUGCUGAAGUCUUUCGGGGCGAGGGAGACGUUUGAUUAUCGCUCUUCAAGUGUUAUAUCUGAUAUUUUGUCCUCUUUCAAGUCGGUGUCAGGAGGGGAGGAGCCCACGAUUCCGUUUAUCCUCGAUUGCAUUGGCUCAAAAUCUGGCAGUAUGGCGCCGCUAGCGAAGAUCGCGGAGAGAGGGAGCAAAGUAGCGGUGUUGUUGCCAGUCAUCGUGAAAGAUGCUGGGGAGGGUGUACGGCCGGAGUAUUCGAUGGAUGUGCCGGGGAGUGCAGACUGGAAGGAAGGGGUUGAUGCUAGGGGCGUUAGGACACAUUUUUAUCUUGAUGUGAGCUUGUUCUCCCCGCCUUCGCCUUUGUCGACCUACUUGACCAGGAUAUGUUUGACUAACAGGUGCAGAACCCUGUUUUCAAAGAAAAACUCCAACCGGAGAUCAUGCCGACACUUUUGGCUGAGGGUGUGGUGAAGCCCAAUAGGUAUAGGAUCAUCGAGGGAAAGACUUUGCUGGAGAGAGCGCAGGGAGCUAUGGAUGCCUUGAGAAGGAAGGAGGUUAGUGGGGAGAGAUUGAUUUGGAGAGUUGCCGAUGAGUAAACCAUGAAGUGUACUCUACCUGCACCGUACAGAAUGAGACCCUUUGAGUGGUGGAAAUUUGGUUAACUAUUGCAACAUGAACUCCUCACAACAUUUCAAGUAGGUAAAAG